AUGGCCGCUAGAGUUUGGCUCAUCACAGGCGCGAGCUCUGGUAUAGGGCUCACGCUUGCCGAAUACGUUCUCUCCCAAGGAGACAAGGUCAUCGCUACCGUCCGGUCCCUCGCUAAGUUCCCCGAGAGCCUCAAGGCGGCGGGAGCUCAUCCCCUCGUGCUGGAUCUCGGCACAUCAGACAGCGAUAUACUCAAAGCGGGAGAAGAGGCACUCAAGGUGCACGGAUAUAUCGAUGUGUUGGUGAACAACGCGGGGUACGGUGGACUAUCACCCGUAGAAGAAUUAGAUCUAGGUGAAGCUCGCGCGCAAUUCCAGACCAAUGUCUUCGGCGCACUAGCCCUCAUUCAGGCGUUACUGCCUUCUUUCCGCGCCCGACGAACAGGCCACAUCCUGAACGUGUCGUCGGUCGGUGGCUUCGUCAGCUUUCCUUCCUGGGGAGCUUACUGCGCGUCGAAAUCGGCACUGGAAGCCUUCUCAGAGUCUCUCAGUCAGGAAGUCGCUCCAUUCGGCAUCCGUGUCCUUAUCGUACAGCCUGGCUAUUUCCCGACAAGCUUUUUGCAGACGACCGCCUCUAUAUCGGAUCUCAAGAGAUCAACCGUCUACACUGAUCCCUCCCAAGGGUACGGUGCCGACCAGAAGAUGCAUGAGAGGGCUGUGGAGCAAGGUCACGUCGGUGAUGUCGCCAAGUUAGCUCAGAGGCUGUAUGAGCUGGUGGCAGGUACUGGUUUAGCGAAGAGCUUGGUCGAAGGUCAGGGUGGGAAGAGAGAUUGGCUUCGCGUCCCGUUGGGUCCCGAUUGCGGGACGAUGAUACUGCAGAAGCUCAGCAUCGUCACCGAGAAUGUGAAGGCCUUCGAGCAUGUCUGGAGGUCGACUGACGUGACUCCGGAGCGCUUGAAGGAGUUAGCUUGA